UGGAGGGCAGGGAUGGGCACCCUGGGCUGCCGGAGCAAAGUGCCACAGAAUGUGUGGUCCCCCAGAGCAGGAGGUCAGAAGUCUGAAAUUGGGGUGUCGGUAGGGUUGGAUCCUUCUGGAGGUUCUGAGGGAGAAUCUGUCCCAUGCCUUUCUUCUGGGUUUUGGUGGCUGCUGGCACUCCUUGGCCGUCCUUGGCUUCUAGACACAUCGCUCCAUGUCUGUCUCUGUUGUCAUGUGUCCUCCCUGUGUGUCUGUGUCCUCUCCUGUUCUCGUUGGGACACAGGUCAUUGGCUAUAGGACAACCCUAAAUCCAGGAUGAAUUCUCAAGAUCCUUAGGAAUUACACCUGCAAAUAAGGUCACAUUCUGAGGUUCUAGGGGUUAAGGGAUGGACAUACCCUGUGUGUGUGUGUUAAAAACCAAGUAACAGGGGCUCCUGGGUGGCUCAGUGGGUUAAGCAUCUGACUUCAGCUCAGGUCAGGGUUUCACAGUUUGUGAGUUUGAGCCCCAUGUUGGGCUUUGUGCUGACAGCUCAGAGCCUGGAGCCUGCUUCGGAUACGGUGUCUGUCUUCCUUCCUUCCUUCCCUCCUUCCUUCCCUCCUUCCUUCCUUCCUUCCUUCCUUCCUUCCUUCCUUCCUUCCUUUUUUGAGAGAGAGACAGACAAAGCACGAGCAGGGAAGGGGCAGAGAGAGGGGGAGACACAGAAUCCGAAGCAGGCUCCAGGCUCUGAGCAGUCAGCACAGAGCCCAAUGCGGGGCUCGAACCCAUAAACUGCCAGAGCCUGACCUGAGCUGAAGUCGACACUUAACCGACUGAGCCACCCAGGUGCCCCUCUGUGUCUCCCUCUCUCUGUCCCUCCCCUGCUUGUUCUCUCUCUCUCUCUCAAAAAUAAAAAAACAUUUAAAAAUAAAACCACAUAACAAAAUUUACCAUCUUAACCAUUUUUUAAAGUUAUUAUUUAUUUAUUUAUUUUGAGAGAGAGAGAACGCACACAUGAGCCAGGGAGGGGCGGAGAGGAAGAGAACCCCAGGCAGGGUCCUCGCUGUCAACACACACACGGCGCGACUUGGGGCUCAAUCGUGAGAUCAUGACCUGAGCCACAAAUCAAGGGUCGGACGCUUAACUGACUGAGCCACCCAGGCGCCCCUCACCCUAACCGUUUUUAAGUGUCGCGUGCAGUGGCCUUAAGUCCGUCCACACUGCUGUGCAGCCGUCCCCGCCCUCCGUCCCCAGAACACUUGUAGACGGGAAACUCUACCCCUGUUAGACAGCUCCCCACGCUCCCCUUUCUCAGGCCCUGGCACCCGCGCUUCUCCUUUCUGUCCCUAUGACUCCGACUACUCUGGGUACCUCCUAUGAGUGGAGUCCUACAGAUUUGUCCUUUUGCGGCUGGCUUAUCUCACUCAGCAUAACGUCCUCGCGGUCCCUCCAUGUUGCAGCCUGGGGCAGAAUUGCCUUCCUUUUUAGGGCCCCGUCCUCUUCCACUGCGUGCACGCGUCACGUUUUUUUCCCCGUUCGUCUGCCGAGAGGCGUUUGGGCUGCUUCCACGCUCUCCUUCUUGUGGGAGGGCUGCUGUGAACGUGGGUGUGCAAACGCCUCCUCCAGAACCUGCUUUCAGUUCUUUGGGGAUAUUCCUAGAAGUGUAAUUAUUGAUUCACAUGGUAAUUCCGUGUUUGAAUGUCAAGGAGCCUCCGUAGGGUUUUCUGUAGCGGCUGUGCCCUUUUAUAUUCCUGCCAACAGGGCGCAAGGGUCCUAGUUGCUUCGCAUCCUCACAAACGCUUGUUUUGGCUUUUUGAUAGUAGCCUGUGGACAUAUCCUUUUGGAGCACAGGGUUCAGCCCAUUGUACACUUGACCGGGCUCUCCCGGCCCACGUGGGGCCAGCAGCAGCCGCUGUGUCCCCCUGGGCUGCGGACCUUCUCAGAGCCUUGAAUGUGCCAAGACACCCCAGUCUGUGAUGUGCCUGCGCCGUAGCAUUUUCCCAGAGCGUGACCCCGCGUGGGUCACCUGUCGGCUUUGUGGCGUUAGGGGCUGCAGUGGGGGAGGCUGGUGGGUGCACGGGUGCCUCUCAGCCGUGUUUGAGCUUUGCCACGUUUGGGGGCUGGGGGCGUCCCGCAGAGGCACCUGAUCGGGGCCAUGGGGAUUGAAACCCCGAAGCCAAAACCACAGAAACUGAACUUUCCUCCAACAUCUUGUCUGGGUCAGUCACUCAGAUGUGAGAGUGAGGAAGUGCGCCAGGGCCAGAGCGGAAACAUGAAGAAAAGCAGCGAAAGCAACCCAGCCGUGGGCUCGGGCAACAGCAGGUGGCCGUGACCCCAGUGCCGCAGGCGGAAGGCAGGAUGGGGGUGCCAAGAAGCCAAGGGAAGUGAGGAGACGGGCAUGGGGACACCAUGUGGGGGGCCUCUCCCCUCUGCUCCUCUCCCUGUAGCCGCAGCGAUCCAGACCUGUUUUGUCUGCCCUUCACUUGCCUUCCUCUAGCCCACCCACCUCGGGCUAUAUCGGAACCUGUCAAGCCCGUUCCCACCUCAGGGCCUUUGCUUGUGCUGUGCCUGCUCUCCAGUAUUCUUUUUCCUCCAGCUUUUUGCAUGGCUCGGGCUGUCACUUGCUUUAGGUCAUGGCACAAAUCAUGUCCCCGAUCCCUCUCCACUCCUGGUAUUUUCUACCUCUUCCUGUUCCAGUUUUCUUCCUCACCCUUCUCAUUACCUGACAGUUUUGUUGGUGUGCCAACGGAUGGUCCGUGGGGGCUGGACCACGGUCUGCUUUACCCACUUCUGCAUCCCUGGCACAUAGUUCAAGGAUGACACUCAGGCAGGCAAGGAGUGAUGUUCGUUGACAGAAGAAACGAAUCCGGAUCCGGGGGCAUUGGUGAGGGUUACAAUCAGAUGUCCCUGGUGGCUUAAACAAAUGGAGGGUUAGCUCUUUUUCUGGAGGGAGGCCACCCAGGGCCGGUGGAGCAAUGUCACGAACUCUUGGGGGGGGAUCCCCGGUUCCUACAUCAUAGUUGUGCCAUUGUCGGUAUGUGGGUUUCACCUCAUGGCCCAGGGUGGACUGCACCUGCUCCAGCCAUCACAUCCACAUUCUGGCCACGUGCACUCAACACUCUCCUCAUCUGAAAGCCUGCAAAACUCCCAUUUGAUCAUAUUUCAGCCUGGAGUGCCGACUCUGCUUCUUCCCUCCCUCCCUCCCUCCCUUCACUAAACUGAGGGCUGCUGUCUGCUAGGCACUGGAGAGACAGGUUAAGGGGUAGGGAGACCCAACUAACCCAACCCAGUCCAGUGCUAUGUGCACUGAUGGAGGACAGGCUGACAAGACAGGAACACAAGGGACAUAUCCCAUCAGUCCAUGGCAUACCAACAGCUCCCCACCCUCUCCCCCUGCGCCAGCACUGACCCCAGGAAUUGAGGCUGUCAGGCUGGGGGCUGCUGGGGGCUGGGCCAGGGCCGGAUCCUCUCAGAACCCAGCACCACCCAGCAAGGGGUUGGCAGAGUGGGAGCGGGCACCAGGAUUUAGACACCCCGUCCCUGCCCAUCACCCGUCCCUGCCCCACACCCCAACAACAGCUACUGGUCCCACCGGGUGUCUGCCCUGCGUCCCUCCUCCAAAGCCAGCUGGGACUCUUGUCUUCCAUACCCCCAAAGCACCCCCGGGGCUGCCCCAGCAGCCCCUGCAGAAACCAGCAGCUCUGGAGGCCUUGGUCCCAGGAGGACGCAGGUGCAGGGUGGGGCAGGGCAGGGGUGGGCAUUCCCCACUGAGCCCAACAAACGCACACACUCACGCAGGGGCUAUGUUCUGGCUUCUGAGCCCAGGCGGCUGGUCUCAGCGGCAUCCAGGCCUCUUACGGGCUGCCCUGCUCCCGGGGUGCCCCUGAACCCAGAAACCUGGGGGUGGUGGGAGGGAAGGGAGUGUCUGCUUUGCUCUCGAGGGAGCCCCCAGUGACUGCAGCAGGAUGGGUGGGCGGCCCUCGAGCCCCCUGGACAAGCGGCAGCAACAGCACCUGAGAGGCCAGGUGGACACCAUGCUAAGGGACUUCCUGCCCUGCUACCGCGAGCAGCUGGCGGCCUCUGUCCUGCGACAGAUCUCCCGUGAGCUGGGGCCCCAGGAGCCCGCCGGAUGCCAGCUGAUGCGCAGUAAAAAGCUUCCCCGAGUCCGUGAGCACCAAGGGCCUCUGACCCAGCUGUGGGGCCACCCGCCUCGGUGGCAGCCGAUCUUCUGUGUCCUGCGUGGGGAUGGCCGCCUGGAGUGGUUCAGCCAUAGGGAGGAAUAUGAGAAUGGGGGCCAUCCCCUCAGCUCCGUGGCCUUGACAGGGUAUACUGUCCUGACUUCCCAGCGUGACUAUCUCUGCCUGUUGGAUGCUCUCUGCCCAGUCCCCUCAGGAGAGCAUACCCAGGAAGAGCCCGAACCCCUCCUGGAAAUGCCCGUGAACUUCCCCCUGUUCCUGCAGCACCCCUUCCGCCGGCACCUCUGUUUCUCCGCGGCCACGGGGGAAGCGCGGCGGGCUUGGAGGCUGGCCCUCCAGGGUGGCAUCCGGCUCCGUGGGACAGUCUUGCAGCGCAGUCAGGCCCCCGCAGCCCGUGCCUUCCUGGACGCCUUAAGACUCUAUCGGCAGCGCCGAGGCCACUUCGGCGAGGACGACGUGACCCUGGGCUCGGAUGCCGAGGUGCUGACCGGGGUGCUGAUGCGGGAGCUGCUGCCGGCGCUGCGAGCCCAGACCCUGCCCGGCCUGAGGGGGGCCAGCCGCAACCGUGCCUGGGCCUGGACCGAGCUCCUAGACGCAGUCCACGCUGCCGUCCUGGCCGGGGCCUCCGCCGGGCUCCGCGCCUUCCAGCCGGAAAAGGACGAACUGCUGGCGGCCCUGGAGAAGACCAUCCGCCCGGACGUGGACCAGAUUCUGCAGCUGCGGGCGCGCGUGGCGCGGAGGCUGCGGGGGGAGGUCGAGGGCCCCCUGGAGACCUGCCUGCGCGGGAGGGUGGACACACAGCUGUCCCGGGUCACGCAAAAGCUGCUGAGCACCGUGGAAGCCGUGCUCUCAACAGUGCAGACCCUCCUAGCCCAGGGCAUGGACCGCCUGUCUCGCCACCUGCGUGGGAGCCCCUCUAGCACCCGCUUGCGCAAGGAGGUUUACUCAUUUGGGGAGAUGCCAUGGGACUCAGAGCUGAUGCACGCCUGCUACCGUGAGGCUGAGCGAAGCCAGAAGCGCCUGGGGCAGCUGGUGGCGCCAUUUGGCUUCUUUGGCACACGAAGCCUGGUAUUUGGGGCCCAGGAUCUCGCACAGCAGCUUAUGGCUGACGCCGUGGCCACCUUCCUACAGCUGGCGGACCAGUGUCUGACCGCAGCCCUGGACUGCACCCAGGCUGCCCAGCAGUUGGAGAAAGUCAGGGGGCGUGUGCUGAAGAAGUUCCAGUCGGACAGCAGCUCAGCACGGAGGAGGUUCAUCCGUGGAUGGUUGCUCUGUAUCUUCUUGCCCUUUGUGUUGAGCCAGCUGAAGAGUAGCUGCAAAGCGGAGCUGCCUGAGUUCGAAGGGGAGGUCCUCGCCGUGGGUAGCCCGGCCCUGACCAUCGAGGGUAUCUAUGAAGACAUUGUCCGGGGGGUCCUGCUGCAGAGGAUUGAUGGAGAACUGAAAAAGGCCCUUGGUGUCAGUGACAUGUCCUGCACUCUGGAUGGCUGCUCGGAGGCCCCGUGGGACCCGACAGGAGCAGACGAGGAAACUGAGGCUCAGAGAGGGACUUGUCCCAGGCAACCAGGCUCUGGUGCCGAGGUCCAGCCGCUCUGCUCACGGCCUCCUCCAGGAACAUCCACAGCUGCGUCUCGACCGCAUCUCUCUUCGUUCCCAUCAGACAAAUAAGUCAAAGCAUCCAUACCAUUUCAAGGCUUUUAUUUUUCUUUUAUUAUUAAACAAUUUUUUUUAAUGUUUAUUCAUUUUUGAGAGACAGAGACAGAGUGUGAGCAGGGGAGGGGCAGAGAGAGAGGGAGACAUAGAAUCUGAGGCAGGUUCCAGGCUCCAAGCUGUCAGCCCAGAGCGCAACACGGGGCUCGAACUCAUGAACUGUGAGAUCACGACCUGAGCAGAAGUCUGACGCUUAACCGACUGAGCCACCCAGGCGCCCCUCUGAGGCUUUUAUAACCCUCAUAUCUCUACCUCAUUCCUCUCCAGAAACGCUGGGUUUCUUUACCGUCCCACCAACAGCAUUUGUGCACGUUCUCUGUAUCCUUUCCAAACACUAGGAAUGUCCAUAAGAGAAAAAAAAAGUCAGUUGGAGGGACGCACACAUUUCAUGGUUUCAUUUUGAAUUUCUUUAAUGAUUGAAUUGAACCUAAAAAU